AAAGUGAUUGACACUCUCUCGGUCGUUACACUUUCUCAACCGUUAACUUUUAGAACGAUCGGAAUAUUAGUAGGGCAACUCGUUAUCGUAAAAUCGAGGGGAAAAUAAUGACUGUAUCCAAUGUAUCAAACGACGGAUGUUUUUUGUGCCAAGAACCUGUAAGAGCAAAACGCCCAUGGACAACACAGAGUAUUGUUGUAGCAGGAGUAUCAGGAACUAUUGUUGUUGGAGUUUAUUCAUUAACUAUACCUUUUGUUGCACCAGCAUUUAGACGUGUAUGUUUACCAUUUGUACCGGCUACAACUAGCCAAGUUAGCAAUGUUAUGAGAGCUUUAAAAGGGAGAAAAGGGAACUUGUUGGAUAUUGGUAGUGGUGAUGGCAGAAUUGUUAUAGAAGCCAGUAAAAAUGGUUUUGAUAGUGCAGGUGUAGAACUGAAUUAUUGGCUUGUGUUGUAUUCAAGAUAUAAAACAUGGAGAGAAGGACAGAGAGCAAGGACUAAAUUUUAUAAACAAGAUCUUUGGAAGACGGACAUGUCCAAGUAUGAAAAUAUAGUUGUUUUUGGUGUAGAUUCAUUGAUGAGUGGUCUAGAAGAGAAGUUUGACAAAGAAAUCACAGAUUCUUGUAGAAUUAUUGCUUCAAGAUUCCCUCUGCCUAAUUGGCAACCUGUCAGAAUUAUUGGAGAAGGAUUAGACACUGUCUGGAUAUAUAUGCAUCCCCGUAACUCAGAUUAUGAACAACUGAAAAUGUCUGUAAACUCAAAUGGGUUAAACAAUGAAGAUUGUACUAAUGAAGAGAUACAGAAAGAUAAAUUUAGAAUCAAUACAGUAUUAUCGUCAAAUAAAUGACCAAAAAUACCAAGGGUACAUCAAAUCUGCUCUUGAAAUGAAAAAGUUGGUCAACUAAGUUUACAUCCAAGACAAAGAUGUGAUAUCUAUGGCAAAAAACUCCAAAAUCACUAAAUAGAAACAUUUCAUUGAAAUAAAUAUUUAAUUAUAACUGUUAUGUACUGUUUUAAGAAUGUUUUGAUAGAUAUAUCUUCUUGUAAGGAAGUAAGAAUUUUGUUUAUUAUUAAAUUAUGAAGAUUA